CAAACAAGAUAACCCAGUCCAAAACAACCAAUAAAAAGUGACCUGUACCCCAAGUCUUCACCUAGUAUAAAACACACAUUCUUUGUUAAAGACUUUCAAGAACACAACUUUGUUUUAUUUCUCUACAAAAAAAUAAUCACAUGGGGUCUUCAAAAUUGAAGAUAGGAGGGGCAUGGAGUGGUGUUCUUGAAGUAGAAUUAGAAGAAUGGACAGUACUAAUGUUAAGACAAGAAAUUGCAAAAAGAUCAGGUCAUGAUGGUGGACCAGAAACAAUUAACCUUAUAUGUGCUGGUAAAUUGCUUAAAGAUGGUGAUGGUACUGAAAAGUUGAGUCAAUUAGGUGUUAGAAAUAAUGCAAAGAUUUUGGCUUCAAGAGUUAAUGUUGAUCAAGGCAAGUCUGUAAAAGAAGAAUCUUUGGCUGAAGAAGAACGUUCAUCUAGGCUUUCAAGACUAAAGGCUGCUGCUAUUUCUCUGUCAGACAGACAUGCGGAUGGCUCAUUACCUGUUGAAGAUUUCAAUCUGGAGCUCGAAAAUCAGAGUGGACAAAAGGUUCAAUUGGGAUCUGAGACUGAUCAGCGGGCAAUAAUGAUGGGGCUCAUGCUUCACGCAAAUGCUAAGGCCUUAAUGAGGAAGAAAAAAUAUAAGGAAGCACUAGAAGUGCUGACCAUGGGAGAGGAGGCUUUCUCUCUCUGCGACCAGAAACUCAUCGAGAUGGUUGACAAUGUGCCCAUUCUGCAAAUAGACAUGGUGUGGUGCUACUUUAUGCUCCGAGAUAUCAGCUGGCUUUCAGUUGCAGGAGUCCGCCUUGUAAAAGCUAGGGAAGGACUCGAGCGUUCUCAUGGAAAGGAAGCGAGUCGUCUUAGACUGCUUCAAAAAGGACGUUAUCCGGAGAUUGCCCUACAUUUGAGGCUGGAGCUACUAGAAGGAGUAGUGGCAUAUCAUAGCAGUCAGAUUGAAAAGUCUAGGAAGUCCUUGACAUCUGCUCAAGCCAAGUUUUUGCAGCUUCAGAUUCCAGAUGAAGCUUUGUCCUUACUUUUGGGUAUGGGCUACAAAGAACGGGAUGCCAAGAGAGCGCUGCGCAUGAACAAUCAAGUAGUAGAAAGUGCUGUUGAUUUUCUUGUUGAGGAGAAAGAAAAGAAAGUUAGGAGAAGGGAGGACAACAUCAAGCGGCAGAAGGAGAUCAUGGAGCAAAAGCGUUAUGGAACGACUCCUCUUGGAAAAGCUGUUGAUAUCGAGAGACACAAUGAAUUGGUGUCAAUUGGGUUCGAGAAAGAGCUUGCUGCAGAAGCACUUCGACGAAAUGAAAAUGACACACAAAAGGCUUUGGAUGACUUGACAAAUCCAGAAGCUAAUUCUUUGAUACAGAUACAUAUUGAGUCAAAGAAGAAGAAAAGAUUGCGUCAAGCAGCUAAUGCUUCAAUUGAAGAACUUGUAUCCAUGGGUUUCCCCAGAGAAUUAGUGGUUGCAGCUGUUCGCAGUUUUGGCACGAGUCAAGCAGCGCUAGAUCAUCUACUUGGAGGAUCAAGUAAUAUUGCAGCAGCAGAUCACAAUGUAAAUGUUAACAAUCAGGGUGAAGAUGCAAAUGCUCCUCUAACUACUGACCAAAGUGAAGAUGGAUCGGGUACUAACACAGGCUCAACUAGUGCUGGGAUUGAUGGAGGUCCAAAUCCUAACAAAGUUGACACGCGCGAUGUAGAAAUGGAAGAUGAGAUUACUGGAGAAUUACUAAAAGGAGAUGCUUACUCCGACUACGACAUUGAGGUUACUGAAGAAGGUGAAGCUAUAAACGAGUACUUAGCUUUAGUAACUGUAGGAGAUAAUGUAGAGAUCGGUUCAUCGUCCUAGUUGGAAGUACAGUACAUGAAUUGUUCGGCUUCGUAGUUAAACGUGCAGUACAUUUUGACAGACUUGAAUAAUUUGCUGUGUAUAGAAUAUAUUAUCUUUAGCCUAAUCCUUGAAUGAAAUAGCUUUUGCAAA